UGCUGCGGGUGGAGAAUACAUAUACAUGAUGCAUACAAUUUUCACCAUCGAAACGAGGAAAGAGCAUCUCCAAACCGAAGCUUUGAAAAUGCUAAUCCUUAUCUGUGUUCUGCUUUCUAUUGCUCUAAUCGUCGCUAUUUUCUUCAAAUUCCUCAAAGCUGACGGGGAUUUCACUUUGCUGUCCAAGAAGCAACCGAAGCGCGAAGAAAUUGAAGACAAGGUUGUUUGGAUCACUGGGGCCAGCCGCGGCAUCGGGGAGAUUCUUGCCAAACAACUUGCAAGUUUAGGAGCUAAACUUAUUAUUUCUGCUCGAAGUGUACCUGAAUUAGAGCGUGUCAAGAAACAGCUUACUGGUAAACAUGCACCUGACGAUGUGAUGAUCUUACCAUUGGAUUUGACAUCUGGGGAAGAUUCUCUCAGGGAAGCCGUACAGAAAGCUGAAUCCUUUUUUGCUGGUGCUGGUGUGGAUUACAUGAUCCACAAUGCAGCCUAUGAACGCCCUAAAACAACAGCACUGGACGUCACUGAGGAGAGUCUCAAGGCUACAUUCAAUGUAAACGUAAUGGGGACGAUAUCUAUUACUCGGCUACUGGCGCCUUCCAUGCUGAAGCGGGGGAGGGGUCAUUUUGUUGUGAUGAGCAGUGCUGCAGGAAAAGUACCUGCAGCAGGUCAGGCUGUAUACUCUGCUUCUAAAUUUGCUCUAAAUGGGUACUUUCACUCCCUGCGAUCUGAGCUGUAUAAAAAAGGAAUUAAGGUAACUGUUGUAUGUCCUGGACCAAUAAACACAUCCACUGCUCUUCACGUGAGCACAUCCGGAGAAAAGGGCUCUUCUGAGAAGCGCGUGUCAUCAGAGAGAUGUGCAGAGUUGACAAUUAUUGCUGCAACACAUGGUCUAAAGGAAGUUUGGAUAUCAUAUCAGCCUGUACUUGCUGUUAUGUACUUGGUGCAGUACAUGCCAACUAUUGGCUAUUGGCUUAUGGACAAGAUUGGUGGGAAACGGGUUGAAGCUGCCGCGCAGAGGGGCAAUGCAUACUCGUUGAAUUUACUGUUUGGGAAAAGGAAGGCAUCGUAAAUUGACGAUUGAAGCUGCCUGCUAUCUUCCAUAAGCAUAAGCAUCCAUAACUACUAAAUGCAAAACCACUCUAUACUGUGUCUUAUGGAUACAAUUUCUCUGAUAUCGGCUGUUUUUGAAAGUAUACUCGACUAAAAAUAUGCUUAGAUUUCACUAUAUAUAAAGAUACUCAGUUGUAAACAUACCAUACUUGAUAUUGAAGAUAUCGAUUUUAUAUAACAUAUAUUCGAGUAGGUUUUUAUGAACAA